CGUCGUCGUCGUCAUCGUCAUCGUCAUCGUCAUCAUCAUCAUCGCCGUCGUCAUCGUCAUCGUUGUCGUGCCCCUCGCGUAAUCUUUUUCGAUACGAGAAUUCGCCCCUCCAAAGCGGGAGUAUACCGCGCGCCGCCUCUGGCCGCCGCCACCGCCACCGCGCCGCCUUCGUCGUCGCGCCAACACUUCCUCUCUCUACGCCUGCAACUAGUGAGGCCUACUGGCCCAUCUAUAAUAUCCAUCGGGCCGUCUCUACCAAGCACGAAGAGAGGGAAAGGUGAGACAUCCGAGGGGACUUGAGAGAGAGAGAGAGCGGGACAGGUUCAUACGGAUGGAGCAGUAGAACAGUCUUCGGGGUGGCCGAAACGUUCGUUACCCCGUAGUCGUCGGCUUCCUCGCGACCUCGCGGUCGCGAGUCGAAACGAGGGCGAGAGGAGUCGGGGGACGAGGCACAUUUCCACGGGCACACGAGUACGUGGCAGAGGAACACGCUGAUACUCGACAGAAACAUGGGCGAGAAGACGUUCAAUCUCAUGUGGAACAAUCAUCUGGCGAACCUGUCGGGUCUGUUCGAGACGCUCUACAAGAGCGGCUCUUUGACGGAUGUGACUCUCGCCUGCCAGGGCGGCAUGCUGAGGGCUCACCGGCUGGUCCUGGCAGCGUGCAGCCCUUACUUCGAGAGGGUCUUCAAGGAGCACUAUGGGGAACAGCCGAUUCUUAUUUUGAAAGGAGUCACCAUCGAAGAGAUGGAGUGCCUGCUGGACUUUAUGUACAGAGGCUCCAUCGACGUGGUGGAGGAGCAUCUGCCGUCGCUCAUCAAGACCGCGACCGACCUGGAGAUCCGCGGUCUCUCCGGUGAACAUAAGAACCAGCAGGAGAACAAUUGUGGCCCGUACGCGAGGGUCGAGGCGCGCAUGCAACGGUGUCACAUCGAGACCAGGGUACACACCACCGAGUACAUCAAGGAGCCGUCGGUGAUACCGUUCUUGCCGAACUCCAACGUCGACGUGAUAGAAGAUCACAUCAAAGUGGAGGAGAUUGAGGUGGAGGACGAUCCGAUGGUGAUGGACGGCCACGAGGACAGCUUCGACGAGCUUCCGCAAACCACGGAGACACAAAUCAAGCAUAUAUCACUUCCGAUGUUCAAGCGAGAGACCAGAUUCAGAGGACAGAAGAGGGUGUCUGUAGGCCGUGCGACGCGGAACACUGACCCGCUCGAGUUGAGGUCGAAGUGCUCCUCGCGGGACUCCAGCUGCGAGGAUUCCCCGAAGAUUGUCAAAUGCGAGCCUGGCUACGACGAUACCGCAGACGUCGCGACAUCGAAUGCGCAACAACAGGAGACGUCGAAGAACACGGAGGAGCCGUUGAAGCCGGCAGUGAAGAGGAAGCUGGAGAUAUUGAAGAAAGCGGUUAGAGACGGCAAAGAGUCGAGGAUGAUGAAUUCCGACCGGACUCAACACAAACCCUUCUCCUGCGACCUUUGCACACUGGCGUUCACGAGGGCGUCGCACUUGGCGAGGCACAGGAGGGUGCAUACGGGCGAGCGACCGUUCGCCUGCAGUAUCUGCCCGCGAAUGUUCGCCAGACAGGACAAGCUGAAGCAACAUCUGGACUCGCACUUGCAGUGGCCGAAGAGGAAGGGCGCUCAGACGGCGUCCGCAUUGCCGACGAAGAACAAACGUGGUAGACCGCGUAAGGUUAAUAUACAGUCGUCGGCGAUGGAGGAGAUCCUCAAGUUCGGCGAGUUCAGCUCGCUGUUGGACAAGUCGCACUCCGCCAAUUCCACGAACAAACAUGAAAACUCCGCGAGCACCGAGGAUGGCGAGCGCAAGAGGAAAGAAGCACGUCGGGACGAGGACGACUUGUCACACAAGGAGAAGGACAAUUACGGUUGCCAGGUCGAGAACGGCCAGGACAUUGUUUAAUAGACUCCUCUCGUUCUCCCUUUUUCUCUCGGUCCCUUUCUCUUUCUCUCUAUCGCCACUUGGAUUUAAAUAUAACAUAUUUUUCUAUGCACUACUGCGUGUAACGAAGAUCAAUUCCGCCGCGAGGAAGGAAGGAAGGAACUAUUAACUGUCGAGCUUCUUCGAAAGAUCGUAAUAUUCUAUGUCUGAGUCUGUAUAUCUGUCUCGAUUCGAUAGGGUUUUUUAUAAUCUCGUGCCGAUCGCGUGUACAGCAGGUAGGGAAGGAAAACGAAGAAUACGAAGAAAUACAUUCUUCCCGGAAUUUAUGCUCGAGAAAAGGACGAGAGUCCUGCAGAUACCUUCCCCGCUUUGCUCGUUGUACGCGCUCGCGUCGAGAGAGAAAGAGCACUCGCGUCGCUUUUAUCGCGAAUCGUUUAACGUAAGUACCUGAGAUAUCGACUACUAACGUUACUACCAUACCAAAGCGCACGAGCCUCCAAAGAAGUGUAACGAGUGGUGGUGAAAGAAGUGGUGGAGAGGAGGUCGAUCGCGCAUCGACUCGAUGCAAGGUCGGGCGUUGAUCGAUUGGGAAAAUUUCGGUCCGCUAAAACACUAAAAUUAAGAAGAACGUAACACGAUCGUUUCGAUCGAUCGCUUUGAUUCAAUUCAUUAUGCGCUGAUCAGUGAUUCGAAUUUUAUCAAUCGAUUGAACUACAAUUAUGCAUGUGUGUGUGUGUAACGGUCGAUUAAUUAUGAUUAUUGAUUCAUCAGCUUAAUGAAUGAAGCAAGGUCUCUCUCUCGAUCGAUCAGUGGCCGACAUUGACUCGACACGAACGCGUCGUCACCGAUCGGCGUCAUUAGCGUCGAGCGUUAAGAUUAGUGAAGGGAUACCUACGCUACAAAUGAUCGACCAAAUGAUAUAUAUACGCGUGAAUGCGGCCUGACUUUCACUGUAGACGGUCUCUCUCGAUGCGUAUCGUUGCCGUAGUCCGAUAGCGCGAUGUGAUUUCCGCCGACACAAUAAUGUCUCUCGGGCGCGACUUGCGGCUCGCGGAUUCGCACGCGGAACGCGGCGCGAUAACGAGCGUAUGAUAAGACGCGGAAACUUCCGCGCCGUUAUCGCGCGCGAGGUCUCGCUCGUUCGCGACAGGAAAACGAGCAGCGCCGUUUUCGCCACGCGGCGUUUCAUCCACGGUGACGGUACAUCCGAUACAGCGUGAGUCACGCCUCUACGUAGCCAAGUAAUAUUUUGUCAUACGCGCGAGACUGUAACACACGUCAAGUACAAAUGUCCGAAAAAAAUGUUAGCCUAUUAUUGUGCGUAUGUAACACUCCGCCGUGCGGCGACGGCGUCAACUUGUACGGGGGGCCUAGUCGGUCCUCCCCGCCCCCUCCCCCCAUGUGUGUCCCGCGCGCGACGUGUGUUUCUCGACCACACGCGAGACGCAUGUCGGCGUGCUUUUACGCCGAUUUUCGCGAUUCUCGCUGCGCCGACUGCUUUUCCGGGACGGACGCUCGCGAAUUCGCGCUCGUCUCUCAUCGACAUCGUGUGUGUCAGUGUCCUCAUAAAAUUGGUUAUUGUUGUAUCGAUCAUCGGUUGUUGUUUUAUAUAUUUUGCGUUUUCUGUUUUGUUUGGACAUGUAUAGCUGUUGUGUGCUCGAUCUCACGGGCGGGCGGAAGCUGUCUUGCGGAAGCGCGCCUCUCGCGAACGUAUCUUUCUAUCUUUCUUUUUUUUUU